AUGUCGAAAAGCAGCAGCUCACAGGUGAUAACAUGCAAAGCGGCGAUAUGCUGGGGAAUAGGGGAGCCAUUGAAGGUGGAAGAGAUACAAGUAGAGCCACCAAAAUCUUUCGAAAUUCGUGUUAAGAUGUUACUUGCUAGUUUAUGUCAUACUGAUAUCCUUUGUACCAAAGGAUUCCCCGCUCCUCUUUUUCCUCGAGUCCUCGGCCAUGAAGGUGUUGGGUAA